AACCCUCUUCCCAUCUCUCUCUCUCUCUCUCUCUCCGAUGGCUGAAAAAGCAUCCCCCAUUUUCUUCUUUUUGUCUUUCGUCUUCCUCCUUUUCUCUUCUGUCAUUUGCAGAACCCACCCAAACAUCCCAAAAACCAUCAUGCUCGACGUCUCCGCCUCCCUGCAACGGACCCAAGACGCCAUAUCUCUCGACGCACAGACCCAACAGCAGGAAACCCAAUCCCUCAUUCCAGACACCACCACCGCCUCUUCUCCUUCUUCCUUCACUCUCCAACUCCAUUCCCGGGACUCCAUCAAACACCCCACCACCCACAAGGACUACAGAUCUCUCACUCUCGCCCGACUCGCUCGUGACUCAGCCCGAGUCAAAUCACUCACCACGAAGCUCGAGAUCGCCGUCAAUGGGGUGGAUCGGAACGACCUGAAGCCGCAGGACUCGUCCGAGUCGGUCAUCGAGUCGGAGGGGAAGGGGCUGGCGGGCCCGAUCGUGUCCGGAACGAGUCAGGGAAGCGGCGAGUAUUUCUCCCGAGUCGGGAUCGGCCGCCCUCCCAAGCCGCUCUACAUGGUGCUCGACACCGGCAGCGACAUCACGUGGGUCCAAUGCCAGCCCUGUACGGACUGCUACCAGCAGGCCGAUCCCGUCUUCCAGCCCUCUUCCUCUUCUACCUUCUCGUCUCUCUCCUGCGAAUCUCAGCCGUGCAAAUCUCUCGACGUGUCGGCGUGUCGUAAUGACACCUGCCUCUACCAGGUAUCCUACGGCGACGGAUCGUACACCGUUGGAGACUUCGUGACGGAAACCCUAACGUUCGGUGACUCCGCCUCUGUCAGCAACAUCGCCCUGGGCUGCGGCCACGACAACGAAGGCCUCUUCGUGGGGGCCGCAGGCUUGCUAGGCCUCGGUGGUGGGUCCCUCUCCUUCCCAUCCCAGGUCUCUGCAUCGUCCUUCUCCUACUGCCUCGUCGACCGCGACUCGACCUCGACCUCCACCCUCCAGUUCGGCCCCGACGGCACUAACAGCGUCGUCACGGCUCCGUUACUCCGCAACCAGAAACUCGCUACCUUCUACUACGUCGGCCUGACGGGCAUGAGCGUCGGCGGCGAGAUACUUUCGAUCCCGCCAUCAUCCUUCGGGAUGGACGAAAGCGGCGACGGAGGCGUCAUCCUCGACUCUGGAACAGCCAUCACUCGCCUCCAGUCCGACGCCUACAACUCGCUGCGCGACGCCUUCGCCAAGGGCACGCGAGAUCUGCCGUCCACCUCUGGUGUCGCUCUGUUCGACACGUGUUACGAUCUGUCGUCGAGAUCGAGCGUCGAGGUUCCGACGAUCGCCUUCCAUUUCGCAGGCGGGAAAUCGCUGCCGCUGCCGGCGAAGAACUACCUAAUUCCGGUAGACUCGACGGGUACCUUUUGUCUUGCCUUCGCUCCGACGUCCUCCUCACUGUCCAUAAUCGGAAACGUGCAGCAGCAGGGCACACGUGUCAGCUUCGAUCUGGAUAAGACGGUGGUGGGGUUCGCCCCUAAUAAAUGUUAGGGUUGCUACGGACGGUUUUGCCCCUGCUUGGGAGAGUUAUUUACUGCCUUUUUUUAUUCCAUGCCCUAAAGGCAUAAAAAUGGGAAGGCGGUGGGAUGCGUGCUUGAUAAUAAUGAAAAGGGAUGAUGGUUUGGUGGGAGCGUUGGGGUUUGUUAUUAUUAUAUAUUUAGUGCAUUGUAUAGUAUAUAGCAUAGUGGCAUUAAUGAAAUUUUAAGAUAAUGUAUGGGCCUUUUGUUUCUGUAUUGGGAGAGUAGGGGUUGUAGUGGUUAUUUACAAAGUUGUAACGGAAGACAACAGUCGUCAGUAAAAUUUAAAUAUUCUAUUUUA